GGGAAUGACCCAAUACCGUACGGUACUCGUAGUACAUACUACUGCUAGUAUGUACUCGUACGCGUUCUUUCGCAUCCUUUGUCCUCAGGCAUCGACGAAUCUGUUCUUCCAACAAGAUUUUUUGAAUUACCUUUCAUACCGGCAGGUACGGUAGUCUAUGAAGUCUUUGCCGAACCAAAGCAGAGAGAUUUUGGCGUCUCAAAAUCGAACGACACGAAACAGGCGAGGCAGCGAUCACAGCAACAGGAAUGCUGGGAAUGGCACGGAGAGCCAUGUCUUCGGGACGAGCCGCAUCCUCCUCGGCACCUGCGGCAACAAAACGGAUACGUUCCGUCGAAAAGAUUGCCGCUCGGGUGUUCUGCCGCCCUGGAACCAACCGUAGAUCCAGCGACGAUAACGACAGCGACAACGACAACGACAAUGGCACCAGUCGUGGCACGGACGACGCUUUCCCCGCCGGUGCGGUCGGUGGCAAUCCCGUGACAAUCUUUGCCUCUCCGGAAACCCUGCCAAAGUCCCUCCAGAAACAACUCGCCGAAACCUGCGACUGGGAGAGCGUCAUGGUCGGCACCAAGGCGCACGGAGACGCGGGCGCAUGCCACCGUGCACACGGCGGAAGAUCCGACCCCGGCGACCAGCCGUCCCCCACCAUGGCGUUUUUCAUGCCCUCGGGGGAGGAGGUCAGUUUUUGUGCCCACGCGGCGAUCGGGGGUGCCACCGCCAUGGCCGGGAAACCAGGUGGAACCGGAACAGACGGAUCGUCGUCCUCCUGGACCUUCCGAGCUUCCAUGACGGGGGACGCCUUUCGCGUCGACAGCACACCGGAGGGAGGAAACCGCAGCGGCGGGGAGGAACGAGACGCCCGAAGCGGCGACGGUUCCUGCCGCUGCUGCCUGCACGUGACGAGCGUUCCCUUCACGGAGGAGCCCCUCACCGAGCCCGCCUCGGAGGCCCUUGAGGCAUGGAGCGACCGCCUGGGCUGGUCCCGGUCCCCCCGGGACGGGGGCGGCGCGGUGGCCCCCGCGAGGAACGCCUCCGUGGCGAGGCCCAAGACGCUGGUCGAGCUCGGCUCGGUGGACGCCGUCCACCGUGCGGGGGCUCCCCCGCUCCCAACCAGCGGCGGCGGCGACCCCCCGUCCUUUGCGGAUGCCUGCGCAGUGAUGGACGGCUCGACGGGCGUCUACGUCUACGCCCGCGCGCCCUCCCCGGAGAACGAGCGGUCCUACGAGUGCCGGCAGUUUCCGCGGGCCUCGGGGUACCCCGAGGACCCGGCCACGGGGAUCGCCGCCGCGGCCCUCGCGGCCAGCCUGCGGUUCGGGUCCACCGGAAGCGCCGCUCCCGCGGGAGAGUACGAGCCCACCUACGACAUCUACCAGGGAACGGCCAUGGGGCGGCCGUCCCUGAUCCAGGUGGUGGGCCUCGAGAGCGCAAGGGAGGAAGGAAGCGAAUCCGGGGGCGGCACCUCGACGGUGUCCUUUGGGCUGCAGGGCCUGGUCGAAAUCGACGACCGCUGCACGAUCGAGGUCGGUUGAGUAAGCAUGAACGAGCGAGUGAGUCCCCUGUUGGAUCGAGGGAGCAAGCGGGUGGGUGCUGUGCAGUGCUGUGCUGUGCUGUGUUUUGCACAUGGAUCACUACUCAAAUGCGAAGGAUGGUUCUGAGCAUCCUGGUCGUUUGCAGCUGGAGGUAGCAGUCGGAGUUUUUCCAUUGGGCACAAACAACAAUAUAGUCGCCCGUGACGUUAGAAUCUAUGUAUUUAUGAAAAUGAAGGAGGUUGGAACGAGCGCCAUUUUUGAAAAAGUAUCUCUAGCUACUACAAAUCCAGAGUACUAAUCUAAGAAGGGAACAACUUGUAUCUACCUCUCGAAGCUUCCAUCCUAAUCUUCCAAAAAAGACAUGCGGUGUCGUUCGUUUCUUCUGAUCAUUUUAGUGUCUGUUGCAGGAGGAAUGGUUCGAACAGUGCAAGAAGAAGGUUGCCGAAGACACUGCUGCAGUCUUCACCACAAAAGUAGAGAAAGCCCUGAUCAUUCUAGAAUGGAGGAGAAAGCGAAAGGUUCAUUAAGCUCACUUAUGACACGGGGCAUCACCCUUUUCAAGUCACAUUUGCAUCCCCUAUCAUCUCUUGGCUGGGCCCAUGCGGUAGUGGAAGAAGAGGGACAUGUUGAUUCGCUCUUCUUGACCUCUUGCUUGUCUUUUCAAGUGUUGCAACAAAAACAACCACCACAAGCAUGAUUUGUUUUGGUAGUACCUGGUACUACUAGGCAUCCAAGUUUGUUGUAGGGAUGGAAUCAUGAAUAGAUAAUGAGGUUGAAGGGAGGAUAUUGUUGUCAAUGGGUACUGUAAUACUAAAUCAUUACUUCGUACCUCUAUUGCUAUGAAACUUUUCUAUUCGUUUGUUCAUUAGUACUAGGACUAGUAGUUUGCCGUACAAUCCCUAUUACGCUUGUACUUGUGAGGCACUGUACUUGUUACCGUACGGUAAGUACAGUACGGUACGUCCUACGGCACUCGGCGAAGUUAAAUUGUGCCGAUUGAUUUUUGAGUCAGAUCAGUCGGCUCAACCGAUUCCUAAAUCCAGCAGUCCAAAAACACACCCCGAGCCGAACAUACCGUAUGGUAGUAGAUCAACGAACAAUAGUACUAAUUCUUCGUACUUUUCUACGAGAGAGAACUCGUAAGCAACAAAACUAACCCAUCCUCCUACCGGUAUCAACAUCGUUGAAGAGUGGCAUCACAUCAUAAAAAUCUUUGCUACGGCAGAGUAAUGGUAAUGGUACUGUUGUCAUUCGAAUCCAAGCCAGCAAAGCUUCUUUCCGGCAUUCCAGUUCGGUAUUCCGAAACGAUAGAAAACAACCGAAUCCAAGACAACCCCACAACGCAGCAGGAGUGCCGAAAACCCCAAUAGCGACGGCAGCAACGACAGCAACGACAGCAACAGCAACAGCAGCAGGAGCAGCAACAACAACAACCACAACAACCACUACGGCAGCAUGGGCCAGGUCUGUUCGGGAACCUCGGAGGAAGCCUCCAAGAGCGGCCUCCUGGACGUUCCGUCGCGGGGGGACGAUCACCCCGAUCCCUCCCUGCCCCCGGCUCCCCCCGAACCUUCCCGGGGGGAACCCUCGGAAGAAGCGGCAUCCCUCCCCGGGAGCGGGACCGAACGGGAGCGGGCCUCCGAGGAGCGGGCCGAGCUGCUCGAGCAGCGCAAGAGGGAGGAGGAGGCCCUGGAGCGCAAGCAGCGGGAGCUGUGGAUCGUCAACGGGGCCGCCCGGGGGAUGGUCUCGGUCCGGUCGACCCGCGGCUCGACGGGGUACUACGACCAGGGCUUUGCCGGCCUGCUGGCCCAGCACCUGGAGCAGACGACGAGCUUUCCCGAUCGGCUGCCGCUGGUGCUCCCGCCGAACGGGUCGGGGGGUCCCUCCCCGCCGUCGCCGGGGGCGUCCUCGUCCUCCCUGCCGCCGGAAAACGAGUCGGGUGGGCCGGGGGAACAACAAGAAGCGGGCGGCGGAAGCGGGUGCUCCUUUUACGACCGGCUGGCCCGGUCCCCGUGGGGGGGGAUGGACCUGGCGGUGGAAGCCCCGCGGCCGGCCGACACCCAUGCACCGGGCCGGCUGCUCCAGGGCCGGGAGCUGGCGGCCGCCCUGUCCGGGGACCCCCACAAGCUGAUGGACGCCCUGGCCGAGUCGCUCCUGGACGGGCCCUACACGGUUGUCCCGGCCAGGCAGCAGCUCUUUGCGGGCGUCCGGCCGAUGGUGGAGACCCUGAUGUAGGGUGGUGGUUGUGUAUUUUGGCACGCGUGUGUGUGCAUGCGU